AUGACCUCAAAAGAAUAUAAUGAAGACUAUAUUUGUGGAUUUUAUUCAGAUUCUAUUGAAGAAUCUAUUUACAGUUCGUCCAAUAGUAAAAAUAAUAUAGGAAAAUGUGAUUAUAUUAAUGGAUCUCUACCUAAAAUUUCUUGUGAUGUAAGAAUCGAUCAUACUAACUCGUCGAGAAAAAUAAAUAGGCAUCUGAAAAAGCUACCGUUGAAGAAGGAAAAUAAAAAAAAACUCUCUUUAUAAAGUGUUUAUGGAGAAGUAGGUUUAAAUCAAGAAUCAAAUGUAUAAUUAUUUGAGGAUAUAUGCUAGAGCCUAUGUGAUAAAAAAGGAUAUUAGAAUAUAAAAAGAAAGAAGAAAACACAAGAAUCAAAGUAUGGGUACCCAGGAGAAACAAAAAAUAUGUAUUAUAAUAUUAGUUAGAAUUUAAAACAUUAUAUAGGUAUCUUACUUUAUUCAUUAAGUAGAAUUUAAUUUUGAUGAAUAAUAAAAGUCAGAACAUGAAAUUAGGAAAUUUUUAGAAACUCCUGCUAGGUUGGGUUUUGCUGGAUUAAAAAAGAUUCUAAAUUAAAAUUCAAAGCUGAAAUAAAUAGCCAGAAUAUUCUUUGCAUAAUUUGGUUGGUCUCGAUUUUUCAUAAUGAAUAAUAGAGUUGAUUUGGAUCCAUACUUUAGAUUUAAAUCAACUUUUCUAAUUGGCAGAUGA